CAAACCGGACUCCAUCUGCCACAUGGACCAAGCGGAAGAGCCCUGUGUCCUGGACUCUGAGGAUUCUUCAGAAAAGGAGACUCCGAGAGGCCCUCAGGCAGCAGGUGAUGGGAUGGUGAGUGAGAACGAGGAGGAGAAUCCUCAGCAGGAAGGUCCUGAGCGAGUGGAAUCACAGUGGACGGUAUCGGGAAGAGAUGAAGGUGGUGUUUCCCUGAGUCCUGAGCUGGGAGAAGCCCGGGAGAAUCACCCUUAUAAAUGCCCCGACUGUGGGAAAAGCUUCCGAUGGAGCUGCCGCUUCAUUGAACAUCAGAGAAUCCACACAGGGGAGAAAACCUCUAUCUGUGCCGACUGCGGGGAGAGCUUCAGUCGUUACUCAAACUUCACAAGACACCGCAGGAUCCAUACUGGAGAGAAACCCUACAGCUGCCCCGACUGUGGGAAAAACUUCGGUCGCACUUCUGACCUCAUUAUACACCAGAGACUGCACACGGGAGAGAGACCCUACAAAUGCCCUCAGUGUGGGAAAAGCUUCAGCCGCAGCUCGUACCUCAUUCCUCACCAGAGGACACACACAGGAGAGAGGCCCUAUAAAUGCCCUGACUGUGGGAAGAGCUUCAACCUGAGCUCAAACCUUAUCAGGCAUCAGAGGAUCCACACGGGAGAAAAACCCUAUAGAUGCCCCGACUGUGGGAAAAGCUUCUAUCUGAGCUUACACCUCAUUAGGCACCAAAGAGUCCAUAUUGAAAGAAAAUCCUAUGACUGUCCCGACUGCGGGAAAAAGUUCAUUCGGAGCUCAGCCCUGAUUAUACACCACAGACUCCACACAGGAGAGAGACCCUAUAAAUGUGCCGACUGUGGGAAAAGCUUUGGCAUGAGCUCAGACCUGAUCAGACACCAGAGAUCCCACACGGGAGAGAGACCCUACAAAUGUGGUGAAUGUGGGAAAAGCUUCAGCGUGAGCUCCAAGCUCAUCAGACAUCAGGGAACACAUGUGACAGAGAAAUCUUUCCGUUGUCCCGAAUGUGGGGAAGGCUUCGCCACCAGCUCCAAACUCGUUAAACAUCAGAAACACCACCUGGAACAGAAACCCUACAAAUGCAGGGACUGCUGGAAAAGCUAUAGCCACAGUUCCGAACUCCUCAGGCAUCAGCGAGCCCACACGGGAGAGAGACCCUAUAAGUGCCCUGACUGUGGGAAAGGGUUUAGUCGGAGCUCGCACCUUAUCAGGCAUCAGAAAAUCCACAGGAGAUAGGCACGGGUCCUGGUUCUUCCUCUAGGGCUUUUCAAACAAAUUCAGUUAUAAAUAAUUGGUGGUGUGGAGAUUCAUGUGUGGGAGAGGCACAGGCAAGGGUGAAGGGGAAAUGCGGAAGAAGAAAAAGAAGUUUGGGGGCUGGUGCGUCAGUUGUUUGGGGUUUGUGGGGAGGGAACUGGGAUUUUAUUUUUUUUUGUCUCAAAAUUUCUUAAAUUUCCCAUGCUCAUUCCACACCCUUUUUCUCUGGCCUGGCAGGAUGUGGGACAGCAGGUGAGAUGGGACUUGAAUUAUAUAAUUCACUAGGGCCAGAGACUAGAUUUUGUUGACUAGGGAAACUGAGGAGUUGCACUGACGCUACGCCUAAAGGAAAUGCCAGUCUGAUGCUAUAUGGAGAGGAUGUGAGAUGCGACACCAUUCCUACUGUCACCCGUGUUUCCAGCACCAGAGUAUGAGAGACAGCAAAUCUGUAAAUGGAGAGGGGGAAAUACCACAGAUCGGCAUAUGAUUUACCUGUGGCUCUCACUGCUGCAAGAGCAGACAGGUCUGUAAUGUAUCUUUACAGCACCAUAGCACAGGCUGGAAAUCUGCAUUGUAACAUCCAAUGGAGCUGGACAGUUCAUGUCCAGGCUCCGGAUUUAACCUGAUACGUAUAUAAAAAUGUGUACACAUGUAUGUAUAUUAUUUCCCAGGUGAAACCUGCAUCAGUGCAAGUUAAUAGCUUCUCAGUGAGUGGCAUCUGUGUCACACAGAGUACGUUCCUGGUUUAAACAUUAGAGCCCCUUUUGACCCCCAAUUACUUGUCUUGGGGUACCGAGUUUCACCCAAGGUACCUAGAACCCAAUGACAUAGAAUCAGUGAAUGAUGGUGAGAACGCUGAGGCUGGAGAAUUCGCUGCAUUAGCUGCACACAGCUCAUUAUUUCUAUGAGGAAUUGUAGCUGGCAUGCAGGGGAAAAGUUAAGGAAGCACGUAGCAGGCAGCUCACAGAGUUAUAGUCCAAGGGCCAGAUUUC